UUUCCUCUGUUAUAAUCUGCGAAUUUUGAAGGGAAAAAAAACUCAUUUACUUUUGUUCGGUUUUUGAGUAAAGAAAAUGCAGUCCUUUUUGCUACUUUAUGCUGUGAAGUGUGAAUUAUUCUUUCGCUUCUAAGGAAAGGAAAAUUUUCGGAUUUUUCAUAUUUUUAAGCAGAGAGAGAGGUAAAUAAAGUUCUUGAAGUUUCAGCUUUGGUACUUGACCAUGGGAAACGGCGAUGAAGGGAAGUCAUCUAAAUCUGACAAAUCAUCUUCACCGUCGCCACCGGAUCAGAGCAAUAUUCAUGUCUAUCCCGGUUGGGCAGCUAUGCAGGCAUAUUAUGGUCCUCGAGUUGCCAUGCCACCAUAUUAUAAUUCAGCUGUGGCAUCUGGUCAUGCUCCUCCCCCCUAUAUGUGGGGGCCAACACAGCCAAUUAUGCCACCUUAUGCAACAAUCUACCCUCAUGGGGGAGUUUAUGUGCAUCCUACAAUUCCUAUGGGAUUGCAUGGCCAAGGUGUUCCAUCAUCAUCUGAAGCCCCUGUGGAAACACCUAUAAGGUCCUCAGGAAAUACAAACCAAGGUUUAAUGAAGAAGCUGAAAGGAUUUAAUGGCCUAGCAAUGUCGAUAGGAAACAGUUCUGAUGAGAAAGCUGAAGGUGGGGCUGAACCCCAACCGUCCCAGAGUGUGCAGAUUGAAUGUUCCACCGAUGAUAGUGAUGGGAAUACAACUGGGGCAGAUCAAACAAGACAGAAACGAAGCAGGGAGGGAACACCAACCAUUGCAGGUGGAGAAGGGAAUAAUGAAGCAAGGUCUAAACCAGAUGUUAUGCAGGAGGUGACUGCAACCAUUUCUCCUAUACCGGUUGGACCUGUGCUUUCUCCUGGCAUGACCACAGCUUUGGAGCUUAGGAACCCUUACACCAUGAAUGCUAAGUCCAGUCCUAUGAGCGUACCUGGCAUAAUGCCAUCCGAAGUCUGGAUGCAGAAUGAGCGGGAGCUGAAACGGGAUAGAAGGAAACAGUCUAAUAGAGAAUCAGCUAGAAGAUCAAGGUUGAGGAAGCAGGCCGAGACAGAAGAGCUGGCCCGUAAAGUUGAAUCCUUGACCGCAGAGAAUGCAACAAUUAGAUCUGAAAUAAUUCAACUAACCGAAAAAUCCGAGAAACUAAGGCUAGAAAAUGCUACAUUAGUGGUGGGAUUGAAAACCGCUGAACGAGGAUACGCAGAGGAGAUUAACAUGAAUAAGAAAGAGGACAAAGAUGGUGAAAUGUACGUGAAAAAGUCGAACUCCGGUGCCAAGCUACGGCAACUCUUGGAUCCGAGUCCAAGAGCCGAUGCCGUGGCAGCUUGAUGAACAAGGAUCCCAAGUUAUUUUUUAGAUUAAAUUUGAGGAACCGCGUGGCUUUGGCAUGUAAUUCAUAACCCCAAAACUACUGCUAACAGCUAUAGCAGAGGGAGGAAUUAGUGUUUGUUAGGAUUGAAACUAUGCUUUGGACGGUUGUUCUUUUGGCAGAACUGAUGUUUGUAUUUUUUUAUUUAGAAAUCAGAGUGGUGAGAAAGCUUAGAAGAAAAUGUAGUGUAUAUUACCGAGAAAUUAGAUUUUCGAUUAGGGAAGGGUCUUGGAAACCGUCAAAUAUGUAAAUCUCUGGUGAUUAUG